AUGGCCCAAAAAAUAAUUGUGGCAACCGCUGCCACCUGCUGGUCAACAAGACCUCUACGACCUGACAGUGGCUCAACAGCAAGGAAUCUUAAGAGCAGCGUCCCCCGCAGAGCCAUGCUGUAUACCAAGUCCGGGACUGUGUGCAGUCAGACACCGGCCGAGGAAUCGCACCCAGGUCCUGCAGUGAAAAAGAGGAAGAAGAGAGAAAGCUUCAAGGAUCUGUACAGUGUGGGCAAUAAACUGGGCAGCGGCGGCUUCGGAACUGUUUACUCGGCUGUGAGGAUCUCCGAUGGAGCUCCAGUGGCGGUUAAACACGUGCCCAGGAAGAAAGUGGUGAAUUGGGGUCAUCUGAAUGACCGCCACGUUCCCCUGGAGAUCAUCCUGAUGUGGAAGGUGUCUUUGCCGGAGCACCGAGGUGUGAUUCGCCUGCUGGACUGGUUCUCCAGGCCGGACGACUUCCUGCUGGUGAUGGAGCGCCCGCCCAGAGCCAAGGAUCUCUUCGACCUCAUCGCCGAGCAGGGCUGGCUGUGCGAGGAGUGCUCCUGCUCCUUCUUCCGCCAGGCGGUGGAGGCACUGCGGCACUGCCAUGCCUGUGGGGUCGCGCACCGGGACGUCAAGAGUGAGAACCUUCUGGUCGACCUGCGCACCGGCAAGCUCAAGCUCAUCGACUUCGACUCGGCAGCCCUGCUGCGUGACACCGCCUACACCGAUGUCAGUGAGGGUUUCACGUUGAACCACGAACAUGAUAUCAGCGGCACCAUCUACAGCCUGGGCACAAUACACAAGUAUUUACAGACCAGGGUGGGCCCAGCUGCUUCCAGAAUUUCCCCAGAACCUCACCCAAGCUCGGGCCUCCCCGGCGCUCUCCCGAAGGCACUGGCAUGGCCAAAGCUCUCCGGUGCCAUCCCCGCACCCGCAACACCACCAACUCCCCCUCAGCUAUUUGCACACAGCGUGCCUCACAAUGCGAUCGAACGACUGUGCAUUGCUUUCGCCUUAAGUCCACGCUUCUUCCCUUAUCAGUGUGCUUGA